UCUUAUGACUCGGGCCGGAGCGGCUACUCCUGGCUCUUGCGGCGCUGUGGUCGGUGGUCCUCCAAGUUCUGGCCUCAGCUCCCGCGAGCUGUGUCGCUGGUAUUGCUGCAUUCGCCGCCGCCUCGUUCGCCCGGCGGAAUCAUGCUGUGCUUCCGCUUCUGCCCUGUUCCGCGCUUGGAGCUCGUUCUCCUCUGCCUAGUCCUGGGGGCUGCCCGGUCUUGUGCGUUGGAACUUAAUUUGACAAAUUCAGAAAAAGCCACUUGCCUUUAUGCAAAAUGGCAGAUGAAUUUCACAAUACACUAUGAAACUACAAACAAAACUUAUAAAACUGCAACCAUUUCAGACCAUGACAAUGUGACAUAUAAUGGAAGCAUUUGUGAUGAUGACCACAAUGUUUCCAAAAUAGCUGUGCAAUUUGGAUCUGGUUUCUCCUGGAUUGUGAAUUUUACCAAGCAGGAGCCUAAUUACUUUAUUGACAGCAUCUCAUUUUCCUACAACACUGAGGAUAACAUAACAUUUCCUGGUGCUAAAGAUAAAGGAAUUGUUACUGUUCAUUAUUCUGAGAAAGUCAGCAUUCCAUUGAAUGACAUCUUUAGAUGCAGUAGUUUAUUAACUUAUGAAGAGAACCAUGUUGUCCAGCACUAUUGGGAUGUUCUUGUUCAAGCUUUUGUCCAGAAUGGCACAGUGAGCAGAAAAGAAUUUCUGUGUACGAAAGACAAAGGUUCCACAACAGUGGCACCCAUCAUUCACACCACUGUGCCCUCUCCUACUACAACACCCACUCCAAAGGAAAAACCACAAGUUGGAAACUAUUCAGUGAGCAACGGCAACACCACGUGCCUGCUGGCUACCAUGGGGCUGCAGCUGAACAUCACUCAGGAUAAGAUUGCUUCAGUUAUUAACAUCAACCCCAAUUCAACUGGCUUCACUGGCAGCUGCCAACCCCAGACUGCUCAGCUUAGGCUGAACAGCAGCAUCAUUAAGUAUCUUGACUUUGUCUUUGCUGUGAAAAAUGAAAACCGAUUCUAUCUGAAGGAAGUGAAUGCCAGCAUAUAUUUGGCUAAUGGCUCUGUUUUCAGCAUUGCAAAUAACAACCUCAGCUACUGGGAUGCCCCCCUGGGAAGUUCUUAUAUGUGCAACAAAGAGCAGACUCUUUCAGUGUCUGGAACAUUUCAGAUAAAUACCUUCAAUCUAAAGGUUCAGCCUUUCAAUGUGACAGAAGGAAAGUAUUCUACAGCCCAGGAGUGUUCGCUGGAUGAUGACACCAUUCUAAUACCAAUUAUAGUUGGUGCUGGUCUUUCAGGCUUGAUUAUCGUUAUAGUGAUUGCUUACCUAAUUGGCAGAAGAAAAAGUUAUGCUGGAUAUCAAACUCUGUAACACUAGUCCAUAUGUGAUCUCUGUUGCAAAAUAAUAAAGCAAGUACAAGUUCCAACAUGCAUUACUACUCAGUUUAAUGUUCAUUUAGUUGCAGUCUCGCUCUUAGAAUGGGUGGUUUGGGAGAUUUCUAAUUUAAAUUAAAACAUUAAAAAAAAUAGAAAAAUUAAAAAAAAAACCCAUAGACUACAAAUUAGCCAUUGAUUUUUGGUUUCUAAAACCAAGAAAUUUAAAAGUAUUACUUCCAUAGCAAAACAUCUGGAUUAGAGGUUCUGUUUUACUGCCUUGAAUUAAUAUUUUAGUGGUUUCAUUUAAAUAUUCUGGGUAGAAAUAUAGUUUAGGAAAAAUGUUUUUGAAAAGAUUUUUCUUUCUGCAUGUGGUUGAAUUAGGGCAACAUUCUACAGUGGAUUUGUACUUGCUCCUUUUGCAUUUUAUUGUGAUUUUGUUUGCAGGUUAACUUAGCUACUUUGGCAUUGCUGCAUAUGUGACCUAUGAGAGAGAUGUUAGUAGAUUUGAACAGGGCCUAGUAAUAUGUUUUUACCAAUGAAUGUUUUUCUUAUGCUUUUCAAUACAUUUGUGUUUAAUGUGGCCAUAAUGGCAAAAGAUACAAAAAUCUUUUAAAUUUUAGAAUAGGUGUUAUUCUUGCUUUAUCCUUUUUAAAAAACUGGUCAUGCCAAUCUUUGAAAUUGCAAGACAAAUAAAUAAAUAGCAAGACAACACUAUCUCAACUGGGCAUUUCAAUCUAUUUUUUAGGUGCUUUAGAGAUAAUUGCUAGGCAGUGCCAACUGAGGGCAUUAGUCCUUUGUACCCAUAAAUUGGCCUCAACGUUUAGUACUAAAAUUAAUGAAGAUUUCUCUUCAACCUUCAAGUCUUCCUUGUUGGUGGCAAUGUGUUUCUUUCUUUUUUUUUUUAGAAAUGCCAGUAUGUCCUAGAACCUAGAUAAAGAAGUGCACUUACGCUUAGAAAAUAACUUGCACAUAACUCAAAAUUUUGAUUUUAGUUCAUUAAAAAGUUAUUGGUAUCCAGUUUGCAUUGAUUGCUACAGCAUUGAUUAAUUUGGCUUUCACAUUAAAAUGGCUCUGUGCUAAUCAAAACUUAACACUGUUUCUGUUAUGGUACAGUCAUUAUUAAUUCAUGUACUUUGUAUUUAGUUUUGUGCUCUGAGAGGUGCACCGGUUGUCCAUUUGCUCUGUACCACCUAAUGCUUUAUACAAGAAAGGAAGAUAUUUCAGCUUGAUAGUUAACAUAUAAUAAAUAUUCCUUAUAGCUUCUAGGUGAUCUUUUUUUAUAUGUAUAAAUAUUGGUGAGGCUGAGCAAGUACUUUAAAGAUAUAUAUAUAUAUAUAUAUAUACACACAAAAAUUGAUUUAUAGCCAUAGGUGGAAAAUUCCUGUGGUUAUUUGGGGAGGGCAGUUUAUAUGCCUCCCACUCACUAGAAAAUGAGGAACUAUCAGGGUUCCAAAAUACUAAUGUUGAAUGCAUUGAUACACACACGGGUGUGCACACAUGCAUGCACAUAUAUAGGCAAUUGCAUGCUAACAUGUAUAUGUCUGUAACUGUCUUUUGAGUUAUAUUGGAGUGAUAAAUAUUUUCUCCAAUUAAAUUUGCUUUCUGUUUAGCCUGCAAACUUUACUGACUCAGAAUCAGAUUCCUCACUAACCCCUCUCCUAGAGCUACAUUGAACUGCAUUGUCAGCUUAAAACACUUAAAGAUGAAAUAUGAGUUGAUGUUUAAAAAAUAUUUUUAAACUGUUUUACUGUAAAAUUAUUAAUCUUAUAAGAAUGGAUAAUGCUUUUAAGAAAGUGGGCCUUACAUAUUUCUCUUGAGUGAAAACAAAGCAGCUUUUUUUAAAAGUAAAAAUUGGAAGCACAAGUAGUCACACUGGCUUAAUGCUGUUAAUGUUUCUAAAAGUUUCUACAUUUAGAGUAUAUCUCAGAUUGAUAUUAAAAUACCUCUGAUAAGCACUGUUUUAUAGAAAAUCUGACUUCAGUGAAUAUUUUUGUAUUUUACAUGGGCCAGUUUAUAUACUGCUAUUUACACUAUUAUUUCCUAUAGCCAGGUGUUCUUUGUACCUUUUGUAGUUUUUGGUUUUGUUUUACUGGAUUUGUGCCUUGAUGGUAAUACACUAUUUCGUUUUGGGUGAUUUUCAUGUUUUACCAUUUCCAUUAAAAAACUGGUCCAUGUAAAUGCUUUCCAUGUUUUCCCCUCAAAUGUUCAAACCACUAGUUGAUGUAUGGUAUCUGUCUUUAGAUAUUUGCUUGUCUGUUUGCUCAACAUUGCUUCUAAAACAAUAAAGAUUCUUUUAUUUCUUAAGGAAA